UUAUAUGUUACUUAAAAAAAAAAAAACACAAUGGUUAAUAAUAAUACUUCAUCACUCUCUUCACCUUCAUCACCACCACAAUCAUUGACUUGUUCUAGUGAAGAAGAAAAGAGAGGAAAAAAGAGAGAUACUAACUCAGUUUAUAGAGGAGUUAGAAUGCGCACAUGGGGAAAAUGGGUAUCCGAAAUCCGAGAGCCGCGGAAGAAAAGUCGAAUUUGGCUUGGAACAUUUGCAACUGCCGAAAUGGCAGCGCGUGCACAUGACGCGGCUGCACUUACCAUUAAAGGCUCGGCCGCAAUCCUUAACUUCCCCGAACUCGCGGCUUCACUUCCUCGACCGGCUACCAGUUCGCGAAGAGAUGUUCAAGCCGCAGCCGCUAAAGCAGCUUCCAUGGUUGCCCCACCACAAUCACCAUUACCACCACCUUCUUCUAAUUAUUCUCCUUCCUCCUCCUCCUCGACGCCAGAUGAUCUGGGCGAGAUUAUUGAACUUCCGCAACUCGAAACCUGUUUUGAAUCACCCGACCCGAAUAAUGAGUUUGUGUUUUUCGACCCGGUUGAUUCUUCUCACUCAUGGUAUCAUAGCAUUUAUGAUAAUGAAGAAGAGAAUGGUUAUGGUAGUGGAUGCAACUUCAACUUGGAAUCAAUGCAUGAUCAUGCAAUUGACCAUGAGAACACGUUUCUUUCAUUGUGGCCAUGAACAAUUGUUCCCAAUUACCUACCCUUUUUUGUGUGUGUGAGAUUUAUUUAAUUUUUUGUGUUGAAUUUCACCAAUCACCACCACUUUAAUUAAUUUGGUUCAAGUGAUAUCAAGUGGUUCCAUUAUUUAUAUAUUAAUUUUAUUACUAAACCUUU